ACUUCUUCGAAUAUUCUAGCUAAAAGCUCUAGCGUUUUGAUUUUUCUGUCUCUGUGUGUUAAAUUAAAAUUUUUAAACUUUAUUCUGUACUUUAUAUAUGUUUCAUUUCAUAAGUUGGAAUGUUGACUAUCCAAUUGGAAAACGUUGUACGCAAAAAUGCGGAGAAUACGGAGCGUAUAAUGAGAAACGCCAUUGGCUACGUAGUAUCGAAUAAUGCUCUGGGUACCGUUAUACAAUCAACGUUCGACAACAGUACUUCCGGUGGCAUAACUAAAUUGAUUAGCGGCGUUCUAGUGCCAACUGCACGAAGCGCAGUCCGAGAUUUGGAUACUACUAAUGAUUUGGCCUUCCUACGAAUAGCAACUAGAAAAUUUGAAUAUUUAGUGGCACCGGAAAAAGAAUUCACGAUUGUAGUGAUGCAAUAAGCAUGCGCAUCCCAUUUAAACUUUAGUAAACAUUACAUUUUUUUAUAUUUCUUAUAAUAAAAUCUUUAUUGAAUAUGCGGCUUACAUAAUCACAAUUGUAUCCUA